UCGUAGCAUAUUCAGUCCGGAUCGGGCUUUCGGUCGUCCGAGAUCGAGAGACUCGCGUUUCCCUCGAUUUUACUCGGUGUAAUUAAAAAUCGGCGCGUUCUACGUGGAACGAAACGUGGAAUCUUCGACUGUCGACGUGGGGAAACCUGUGCGUUUCAGGGAACGAUGAAGUGAGAGGAAAGUAGUCGACGGUAGAAUCUACGAAAAUCGGGGACACGAUUAACGGUAUCGGCCGUGUGCCCCCGGUGUCCGAAAGAUAUGCGGGCCCCCCCGUACAUUCCCAGCCAUAAGUGACGAGCCAGAGUAACGUGUUCGGAUUUAAAGAAAACUGUCCGAAGUUCGUUUAUUCACUUCGGUAGAAUUCGUUUGGGACCCGCGUAAACGGCGUCUGUGUAAGAAUCGCGUUUCGCAAUCGUCGCUUGAGAGGGAGUGUACGUGUACACGUGUCAUCUAACGCGUCGCGUCACGACCGUCUCCGUUCGCUCUGAAUGAACGUCUGUUUGUUACCGAGGAGAUGUCGUCUAAUUAGAAACGAGACGAUUCUUUUUGUUGUCUUUCCUCGUUAGAUAGUCAAACGGGGAAUCCGUGCCGGCUGGGGAAUUCCCGGGUCGAUUAAGUCGACGACCUCGAUGAAACUUGCCGAUUCCUCUAGGCAUCGAUUGGCGAUUCUUUAAAAAAAAAAAAAAUACCGAGGACUGUAAAAAUCGACUUGAGAAAAAAAGACCGCCUUCUACUUGAGAAAGAAGUGGAUAAGGAGCAUCGGUCUGGCCGACGAAUGGGAGAGAGCGCGGAGAGAUCUCGUUGGUAGCGUGGAGGAGAGCGCGAUCGAGCCUUCGGGUGUUCGGGGGAAGUGAAAGGAAGUAAAAGUGUUGUCUGUUGUACCCGGUUGAAAAGAAAGCGAUCGAGUAAGUAAGGUAGUGGAAAGCGGAGAACGGGAUCGUUCGAAUCCGGAUAUAUCGAUUCGAACGAUUAAACUGUGUUUAAAACUGUGUUAAAAACUCGAAUGGCCAGGCGAAUGUUAAUUAGAAAGUGAGGAGUAAUACGUGUACCACGGAUUUUGUACAACGUCCGAUGGACCACGGGAGGUAAUUAACCUGGACCCCCACGUCUCCGUCGUUAGAGGGUCCGAGGUUGGAUAAUGCGAAGUCUGGAGAGGUCAUCGGGUGGUAGCGACCAGGACUGUGACCGGGAGAUGUACAUCGAUCUGGACGACGCGUCCGUCGACUCUCUCACCGGCAAACGCACUCGCCAUCAUGUACCCGAGAUGGCCGAGGAGAGCGACAGCAGCGGAAGCGAGAGGAGUCCGAAACAGGCGAAGAGACGGAACCGAGGUCCGCCGACGACGACCACGACGACUACCAGGAGACGAAAAACCGGGAUCUCCGCUAGGGAGAGGAAUCUUAGGAGGCUCGAGAGUAACGAAAGGGAGAGGAUGAGGAUGCACUCUCUCAAUGACGCCUUCGAGCAACUGCGCGAAGUUAUCCCCCACGUGAAGAUGGAGAGGAAGCUGAGUAAAAUCGAGACCUUAACGUUGGCGAAGAACUACAUAAUGGCUUUAACCAACGUGAUAUGCGAGAUGAGAGGCGAAGAGCAACCCUAUACGUUCGUGGACGGCGAAUGCGGUUCGAGCAGCGGUGACAGCGCGAGUAGCACGGGUCAGUUGGAAUUGAGCGGCGGCGAGCAGCCGGAAGAGGCCUCCUUGUCGCCUCGAUCCGUCCACGAAGCGAACAACAACAGCCUGCUGCACGAGGACCUCGAGGAGCGGAAGCUACCGUGACCGAGAUUCCGGAAUUAAAAAAACCGAUCCGUCCAAGGCCGACCUCUGGAGAUCCGUCCAAGGCUAACCGGCGGAGGAAGAGGGAGAUGCCAAAAACCGUAUAACCGGUAUAUAAUAAUAAUUUGCAAACGUUAAGCCUCGCCUCGCUUCGCCUCACGGAUUUCGAGGUCGACCAAAUACUGAAGGAGACAAGUGUGAACUGUGAUAGAAUUUUCGUAUUCAGCAUCGUCGAACUUACGGGAGAACUAUUUUUCUAUUGAAAAUCGUUUCGUUACGCGAUUAACGCGAGUUCGACGGACUACAAGAUUUACGAUGAGAUAUUUAUAAGAGAGAAAGGGAGAGAGAGAGAGAGAGAGAGAGAGAGAGAGAGAGAAAGAGAGAAAUUCAUUUUAUACAUAUCUAUAUGUAUACCCUGAUAUAUCUCGAACGAUUCGAUAAUAAACUGUAUUCGAGGUA